UGGCCCACGGAAGGGUGGGGGUCAGGGGCGGUCUCCCCCGCCCCGUCGUCUCUGCCCUGACGGCUCAGCCUGCUUCCUGGGCAGCAUUGCCAUGGCGACCCCCGAAGCUAUAAACUCAGGUAUCCAAGCGGGCGGCGGUUCCCGCGGCGCUGAGCCCCCCAAGUAAGGAGCAAGCGCCCCGGCGUGGCCCGGCCCCCGCGAAAGAGGAGGAGGAGGAGGAGCGGCGCCAGCAGCUUGAGGAGCGGCGCGCCCCGCCAGGGCUGGAGGCAGGCGCCACCGUCUCAGCAGGGGAGCGGGGGCUGCCCCGGGUGCGGGUGAGUGGCGCGGCUCCAAGCCACGAGGGACUGAGGGGCGCCGGACACGGGAAAAGCAGCGGGAGACUCAGGAGGGAGCCGAGCUUCGGCUCUCAUCGUCUUGUCGUGGGCCAGGCGCGGAGCCCAGAGUAGCGAGCAGCCAACACCUCCAGGCGGGAAGCCCUGGAAAGGAGCAGCGAGACACCAGGCGUGCGGCCCAGGAGCGGCGGGGCCGCCGGAGCCGCCGGGGCGAACCGGAACCUAGUGGCAACCUGAAGACCCUCCACCGCAGCCGCCUACGCGUGGAGGGAGCCGUACCAGGGCGCAGGUGGGGGCCGGAGCCCGGUGGGGCGCGGAAGCAGGGGCGCCCCCGUGCGGAACUGCCGGGCCGCCCGGACACGGCGGCCGGGGUCAUGCUCAAGCCCAAAGACCUGUGUCCCCGAGCGGGCACGCGCACCUUCUUGGAGGCCAUGCAGGCGGGCAAAGUGCACCUGGCCCGCUUUGUGCUGGACGCGCUGGACCGCAGCAUCAUCGACUGCCGCGCGGAGCAGGGCCGCACACCGCUCAUGGUGGCUGUGGGGUUGCCGGACCCCGCCAUGCGCUCUCGCUUCGUGCGGCUGCUGCUCGAGCAAGGUGCCGCCGUGAACCUGCGGGACGAGCGUGGUCGCACAGCACUUAGCUUGGCGUGCGAGCGCGGCCACCUGGACGCGGUGCAGCUGCUUGUGCAGUUCAGCGGUGACCCCGAAGCGGCUGACUCGGCCGGCAACAGCCCCGUGAUGUGGGCGGCAGCGUGUGGCCACGGGGCGGUGCUCGAGUUCCUGGUGCGCUCCUUCCGCCGCCUCGGCCUGCGCCUCGACCGCACCAAUCGUGCGGGACUGACGGCGCUGCAGCUCGCCGCCGCUCGCGGCCACGGGACCUGCGUGCAGGCUCUCACCGGGCCCUGGGGCCGCGCCGCCGCCGCCGCGGCGGCGCGGGGCUCCAGCUCCGACAGCCCCCCUGGCCGCCCAGCCCCCGCGCCCAGCCCUGAGCGCCGACGACCCAGCCCUCGCCGCCUCCCGCGGCCACUCCUGGCCCGUUUUGCGCGAGCAGCGGGCGGCCACAGCGGCCACAGCGGCGAGGCAGGCUCAGGGGUUAAGGGUUCCGGCCGGCACAGGGCGCAGGGCAGCGAGAGGCCCGAAUUGGGCCGGAGCAUGAGCCUGGCGCUGGGUGCCGUGACCGAGGAGGAGGCGGCCCGCUUGCGGGCAGGGGCCCUGAUGCUUCGACCACAUUCGCCCCAGUCUUCAGGGAACGGGCGGUGGCGCUCGCAGGAGGUGUUAGAGGGAGCGCCUCCGUGCUUAGUCCAAGCCCCCAUCGGCCUUAGCCCCCACCCCGAGGGCGCUCCCGGCUCGGGGCGUCUGGGUUUGCGCCGACGCUCCACAGCCCCAGACAUCCCCAGCCUGGUGGGGGAGACGCCAGGGCCCGAGAGCGGCCCGGCGUUAGAAGCCAACGCUCUGCCUCUCUCGGUGCCUGGGCCACAGCCUUGGCAGGCGAGCACAGAGGCCGUGGUGCUGCAAGCCCAGCGGUAAACGGCUCCAAGGCCCGGCUCUGUCCCCUCCCACCUCUCCCGUGUCUGCUUCACUGGGAUUUCUCCCUUGCUUCCGGGUCCCUCACUUCCCAAAAGUUCCCCUGCCCCUGAUCCCAGAACCUGUACCGGCUGCCAAAGCCAGGGCUCCAACCAGUGCUCUUUCUGAGAGGGACCCCUCCCCAUCUUAUUUUUUAUUUGUGCUCUUUGGUAUUUCCUGCCUUUCCCCUUCCCUACUGCCUGCCUUUCAUCUCUCUGGAAGGCAAGGGAUAGAAGGCUGCUUCCAGUGGGGUAGAGCCUUCCAGCCAGGAAGAUGAACCACCCAUCCCCAACCCUUCCCCCUUCC